AAUAUUUGGAUUGUGAGCUAUUUCAGAACUCUGUUCUCAGGAUCCACUAUUUUCACGUUUCGGAGAAUAGCACACAGAAGGUGGCCACUAGACGAAAUGGCCUUCCGGGGAAUCUGAAGACUCUACAUGACAUCAGAGCUACUUUUCAACAACCUUCUCAGAUUCCUUUCUCAGAAAGCAGAGGCUCAGACCUGGAGACAGACGAACACUGACACUUUGAUUUAAUGAAGAGCAAACAGUGAUGGUGGAAAAGCAAUACACUCACUAAGGAUUACGACUUCUCGCUGCUACGGACCCUUGUGUUAAGGAAUUCUCCUUGCUUAGCAGUUGGCCAGCAAUUUGGUCCGCCUGCAUUGGCGCCUGCCUUCUCUUUACCUUGUCAUUACCACAAGAAAUCCCAGUCGGAAUGGAACAGUAGAGCUCUAAGUGCUGUGGAACGUGAUAAACUGACCCUCACUUUUUAGAGUUGCUUCCCACUCACGCACAGAAAUCCAUUCGUAAAGUGAAAGAGCCAAGCCCUUGUGAAUACUUCUAUUGAACAUGACUCAUGGAGAAGAGCUUGGCUCUGAUGUGCACCAGGAUUCUCUCGUUUUAACUUACCUAGAAGGAUUACUAAUGCAUCAGGCAGCCGGGGGAUCAGGUACUGCAGUCGACAAAACGUCUGCUGGGCACGAUGAGGAAGAUCAGAACUUUAACAUUUCUGGCAAUGUAUUCCCUGCCUGUCAAAGUAAUGGUCCGGUUCUCAAUACACACACAUAUCAGGGAUCUGGCAUGCUGCAUCUCAAAAAAGCCAGACUCUUGCAAUCGUCUGAGGACUGGAAUGCAGCAAAGCGGAAGAGACUGUCUGAGUCCAUCGUAAAUUUAAACGUAAAGAAGGAAGCUUUGCUGGCUGGCAUGGUUGACAGUGUACCUAAAGGCAAACAGGAUAGCACACUACUGGCCUCUUUACUGCAGUCAUUCAGCUCCAGGCUGCAGACUGUUGCUCUGUCACAACAAAUUAGGCAGAGCCUUAAGGAGCAAGGGUAUGCCCUCAGUCACCAGGCUUUACAAGUGGAGAAAGAUUUAAGGUGCUAUGGUGUGGCAUCCAGCCACUUAAAAACUUUGUUGAAGAAAAGUAAAGCUAAAGAUCAAAAGCCUGACACCAUUCUUCCUGAUGUGACUAAGCACCUUGUGAGAGACAGGUUUGUGGAGUCCCCUCAUCAUGUUGGGCAGGGCGGAACGAAGGUCCUGAGUGAGCCCCUGUCCUGUGCCGCACGAUUGCAGGCUGUUGCAAGCAUGGUGGAGAAAAGGGCUAGUCCUGCCACUUCACCGAAGCCUAGCGUGGCGUGUAGCCAGUUAGCGCUGCUCCUAUCUAGUGAAGCCCAUUUGCAGCAGUAUUCUCGGGAACAUGCUUUAAAAACACAAAAUGCAAAUCAGGUGGCAAGUGAAAGACUUGCAGCUAUGGCCAGAUUACAGGAAAAUGGCCAGAAGGAUGCUGGCGGUUUCCAGCUCGCAAAGGGAACGUCAAGCCAUCAUAAUGGUCAGACAAGGACAUCAUCAAGCAAACCAAUUGCAAGCAAGAGCAAUUCUUCAACAUUUCAAAGUCCCACGGGUAUCGUCCCUUCUUCCCCCAAAAAUCCAGGCUAUAAGAAUUCCCUAGAGAGAAACAAUGUAAAACAAGCUGCAAGCAACAGUUUGCUUUUACAUCUUCUUAAGAGCCAGACUAUACCUAAGCCAAUGAAUGGGCACAAUCACAGUGAAAGAGGAAGUAUUUUUGAGGAGAGUAGCACGCCUACCACUAUCGAUGAAUAUUCUGAUCACAAUCCUAGUUUUACAGACGAUAGCAGUGGUGAUGAAAGUUCAUAUUCCAACUGUGUUCCCAUAGACCUUUCUUGCAAACAUCGAAUUGAAAAGCCAGAAUCUGACCAAUCUGUAUCUCUAGAUAACUUAACUGAGUCUUUGCUAAACACUUGGGAUCCAAAAGUCCGAGACAUAGAUAUCAAAGAAGAUAAUGAUACCUCAAAGAAUUCUAAACUAAAUUCACACCAGAAAGUUACACUUCUUCAAUUGCUACUUGGCCAUAAGAACGAAGAAAGUGUGGGGAAAAAUGCCAGCCCUCAGGGAAUACACAGUGAUGUGACCAAGUUCAAUUCACCAGAGUAUACCAGGACUUCUGUCAUAGAAAGCCCCACUGCAAAUAGGACUGCUACUCCCGCGAGCACUCCACCAUUACUUACAUCCACCAAUGCAGACUCCCCCAUCAAUCUUUCUCAGCCAUCUCUGGUCAUCAGAUGGAAUACUCCAUCUUAUGGCUGCAAUACGCCAUGUGAAAAGCUACUGAGUACUGCCUCUGACCACUUGAUAGACCUAACAAAGAGCAAAGACCUCCAAACAGAAAAACCAGUCCAAACUGAAGGUGCACAAAACUCUGCAAAUUUUAGCGCCAGUAAGCUGUUACAAAACUUAGCACAAUGCGGGAUACAGUCUUCUCUCCCCGUGGAGGAGCAGAGACCCAGUAAGCAGCUGUUAACGGCAAAAACAGAUAAACCCAUAGGCAUGGUUGAUCGAUUGAAUAGCCCUCUGGUCUCCAAUAAAACGACUGCAGUCGAAGAAAAUAAAGCAUUCAGUAGUCAGACAGCAGUUCCUGAGCCAGGACUCUGUGGUUCUGAAAUAGAGAAUCUGCUUGAAAGACGGACUGUCCUCCAGUUGCUCCUGGGGAACCCCAACAAAGGUAAGAGUGAGAAGAAAGAGAAAACUCCCCUGAGAGAGGAGAGUACUCAGGAACACACCGAGAGAGCUUUAAGUGAGCAAAUAGUAAUGGUGAAGAUAAAAUCUGAGCCUUGUGAUGACGUACACAGUCAUAAUACAAAUGUGCACUUGAGCCAUGAUUUGAAGAGUGGCCCAUUCUCAGGCAUGGCUCCCCCCAUGCCCAAAGGUGCAGCUGCCUUGCCGGCCUCCGAGGAUGUUAAAACAGAGCCCAUCUCGCCUCAGGACUUUUCUUUCUCAAAGAAUGGUCUGUUGAGUCGAUUGCUGAGACAAAAUCAGGAGAGCUACCUCGCAGACGACCUGGACAGGAGCCACAGAAACAGUGACCUGACACUUGUAGAAUCAAAGAAUCUUUGCGUGGUUCCUAAGAAAAGGAAGCUUCAGGCUGAGCCUUUAGAAAAUCCUUUUAAAAAGAUGAAAACUAACAUGGUUGAUGCUGCAAACAAUCACAGUGCUCCAGAGGUUCUGUAUGGGCCCUUGCUUAACCAGCAAGAGCUGAAAUUCAGCAGAAAUGAUCUUGAAUUUAAAUAUCCUGCAGGCCAUAGUUCAAGCAAUGAAAGUGAACACAGGAGUUGGGCUAGAGAGAGCAAAAGCUUCAAUGUUCUGAAGCAGCUGCUUCUCUCAGAAAACUGUGUUAGAGAUUUGUCUCAGCACAGGAGCAACUCUGUCGUCGACAGUAAAAAGAAAGGACACAGAAGUAAUGGAGCUAGUCGCAAACCCGAGUUCAGCAUCUCCUCCCUGAAUGGCCUGAUGUACAGCUCCACUCCACCCAACAACUGCAUGGAGAACAGGACCUUUUCGUACCCAGGAGUUGUCACGUCUCCCGUGAGUCCUCCUCUCCCUGAGCAUUUAGGUUGUGGGGGUUCGAGACCAGACUCUGGGCUAUUGAAUGGUGGUUCUGUGCCCAGUGAGAAGGGACCCAUUAAGUGGGUUAUCACAGAUGUGGAGAAGAAUGAAUAUGAAAAAGACUGCCCAAGACUGACCAAAACUAACCCGAUACUGUAUUACAUGCUCCAGAAAGGAGGGAAUUCUGUUCCCAGUCGAGAAACGCAGGACAAGGACAUGUGGAUGGGGCCUUCAUGUGCCGAUGGUGGGCUCUCACGGGUUGCAGUCAAAGAAGAGUUACUUCCUGCUGCAGAAACUGCAGCUUCGUUCUUUAAUUUAAGAAGCCCUUAUAAUAGCCAUAUGGUAAAUAAUGCUGCUCGUCCGCAUUGUGCAAAUGGAGAAGUGUAUGGAUUUCUGGGAAACAUGCUAACAAUAAAAAAGGAAUCAGAAUAAAAUGUACCUGCUAUCUAGCUUUGGAUCUUUUAAAAACUAAUUAGUAGAAACUUGGAUCUGUUAUAAAUAAGAGCAUGAUUUGAGAAAAGCAUGGUAUAACUGAAACUUUUUUAAAAUUUUAUUUUGACAAGUAUUGGUUACUGGUGAUGUUUAAAUAGACAUGCGCCUUUUUAUUUAUGUUAGCUGUCAUGAGGGAAGUACUGAACUAGCAAUUGAUUGUUUUAACACUUUAGUAUGCAUCAGGCAUCAACUGUGAGUAGCCUAUGAAUGAAAUUAUUUGAUAAUCAUGAAUAAUAGGCAUAAAUUAAAAUGUAAAUCUCCAUCCACAGUAGAUCACUGCAUUUUUGUUGCCUUUCAUCCCACCCUUUAUCGGGGUACUUUGUUUUGCUUUGGGGAACUCAGUUCACAUUACACAUUUUUUUAAAGUCCAAAUAACUCUAUAAAUAAUAAGUAUGAAAUUAAAAAGUGAGAGCUGAUUCUCUUUCAUUAUCCAACUCAGUACUAAAUUAUGGGGAUACUGGGGGAAAUGCUUACAUUUUUCACUUUUGCUAAAACAAAACAAAACAAAACAUUUUUUAACUCUCGGAGGGGUUUUUGUGAUUCCGUAAGUCUCUACUCCAACCAAGCCCUUUUCAAUACAUAUCUUUCAACCUUGUACUACUUAGUAAAAAUUGAUUACAAUUGAGGAAGAUAUGAUAGAUUCUUUAACAAAGACAAGGCAGAUUUCAAUUUUUGUAUUUUAACUACUUUACUAAAUUAAUACUCCCCCUUUUACAGAAUUAGGAGAGUGAAAAUUUUAUCUUCAGGUGGCUUCCUAAACAGUCGAGUUUUAAGCAGUUGUUUUUACCAGGAGCAACAUGACUUUUCGUUAGACGGUUUCUCGCCACCGCUCGUAAACGUUCAUCUCACCGUUCCCGUGGUUCCUGUGAGUCCUAAGGCAGAGUUUCUUAUCACCGACGCAGAUGAACGGUAGAAUCAUCUGGAGUGCUGGUUUUACAAUGUAGAUUCCUAGACAACCUCCCAGAUGUGCAGGAUGAUGAUCUCCAUUAAGUGGACAUGGGAAUCCUCCAUCUCCCUCUUAACACUUGUCCUAGGCUUUUCUUCGUCAAACUGAAGUUUGAAGAUUAUUACUUAGGCUUUUCUCAGAACAGAAUACGAUUGUGGAAAAAACCCACAAAACAGCAAAAAAAACCCCUAUUUGAUGUUUAUCUUUCCCCCCAACACAUUCACACAUCAACUUAGAAAUUUUUAAUAUUGUAGCACAUGUAUUUACCUUUAUGUCUUUGGAAGUCGGGUUCACAAUACUUUUUAUGACAACGAUGACAACAGUUGGGGGUUGCUGGGACAACUUUCAUACCUGGCUCAACAUCUCAGGAAAAUCUGUGAUUGUACAUUCUGAUGAGUAGCAUCUAUUUCAUUAGCCUUAGGGAUGGAAAAACAGGGCCACUUACCACCAACUCAGGUGAUUCUAGGAUGGUUUGGAAAUUUCUCCUGAAUACAUCCUUAACUUCUAUUAAAACCGUUAUCUUAAAACCAAUGCUGACAAAUUUUUGAAAACAUUUAGUUCAAACCCAAGAAAGGUACUGCACUUAGAGAGACUCAACAAAAAGUACAACGGGCACAGAUAACAGACCAAAUUGUACACAGUCCCUCCACUGGACCUACUGUUUCCGAAUCUGGAUUGAAAGUGAGCCGUGGCAUUGUCUUGGAAGAACUGACUGUGUUAUUGAGCCACACGUGGCGUCUGAUCUUGUAGCAAGUUCAUGCCUGGUUUUCACAAUCCAUAAUUCAUUCACCAAAUACUUUGUUUUCAAUUGUGAACCAGGUUAAGCAACUGAUAAAGCAGAAAUUACUGUAUAAGCAACUAUUAAUUAGAAAUCUAUUUGAAGUUGUUCUACUCGAAGUUGUUUCUAAGGUUUUUAUAUUUGAAAAAACGGGCGUUAUUUCCUAACAUCUAAAAUCCUAAAUGAUUACUUUUUCUCAAAAUGCUUUGUAAAUAAUCACUGGACAUAUUAUAAAAUAAUAGAAGUGAAUCAUAAUGCUACAUCAUAGAGCAAUGAAGUCAUAUACUUAUUCUGAGAAGAAAACUACAGGCCGGUGACUAUAUUGAGCUCCAUCCCUUAUUUACUGUGCAAAAAUUUUGUCUACACUAGAUCAAUAAGCUUUUUAACAAGUCAUUUUUGUGGUUUUUUUUUUUUGUUUUGGUUCUGCGUGCUAUUUGAAAGUUCUGGAGCCUUAAAGGUAUCCAUUAAAAAAAAUAAAUAUCUUCCCAUGAUACAGGAAAAUGGACUUUUUACAAGGAAGUUAAAUGUGAAAUUUAGGUAGAGGAAAAGAACAUCAAGGGCAGCACUGGUAUUUUUGGUUGUUUGAUGUUUUCUGUUCUUGUUAAUGAAAGGAAUAAGAAUGUGUAAAUACAUAAAUAAUUGUAACUACAGAGAAUGCGGUUCUGGUUUACUGGGCAGAGCUCCACUUUUGGGUUGAGGGUGAUUUUAAAGAAGAGCAAAUACGAGAACAUACAUCCAGCAAUUUGUUUUGCAUAUGUAAACACAAGGAGGCAAAUGUACACAUUUCCAAGGCCUACUUUAGGUGUGCACACAAUUUCUUCCUAAUAAAGUCAUUUGUGAAAGGGUACUCUAGCUCUCAUGGACAUCAGUAAGGUAGCAUUACCUGUUUAUUCUCUGCUGCAUCUUACAAACGAGUAAACUGGUGAAAAUAUAUAUUUUAUAUAUACAUAUGUGAGUGUGUGUGUAUAUAUAUAUAAAAUAUGUAUAUGUAUACAUAUAUAUAUGGACUUGUUACAUGAACAUGUUAAAAUUGGUUUUUAAAGGUGAUGUAAAUAGUGAUUUCCUUAAUAAAAAAACAUAUUUUGUAUUGUUCUAAUGCAACAGAAAAGCCUUUUAAUCUCUUUGGGUUAUGUAUAUUCCAUGUAUAAGUGUAAAUAUAAUCAGACAGGUUUUAAAAAUGUGCAUGUAUGUAUACAGUUGCAAGUCUGGACAAAUGUAUCAAAUAAACCUUUUAUUUAAGUUGUGAUUACCUGCUGCAUGAAAGUGCAUGGGGGACCCUGUGCAACUGUGCAUUUGGCAAAAAACGUCUUAACGAGUCAGAUCAGAUGUUCAUCCCAACAUGACAGUGUUCCCUUUCUGGACAUGACUGCUGUGGUUUCAGCAUUGUGGAAGAAUGUGCUUUGAAUCCAAGGGUCUUAAUUUGUUUUUGUUUUGUUUUUUAAUCAAGCCAACCACUUUUCAACAUAAGAAUUGACACAGCUUCUUUCAUGAAUUUUUCAAUCCCAUUGGAAACCAUGAUAUUACCGGGAGUAUUCCAGUAUAAGCAAAUGCCGGAAUAUGCAGGCACAUUGCUGCUCGUGGUAUGGAUUCUGGGGUUUACACAACCAAUUUUGAUGCGACGUGCUCAGUAAUAUAACUUGUUAUUUUUAUUAGAAAUUUAAUUUCUUCGUUUGAUGUCAUGAAACUGUACAUACUGCAGUGUGGAAUUUGGGUUUUGUUUUUUAAUCUUUUAGUGUUUACCUGCUGCAGUGAAUUUGAAUAAAUGAGGGGAAAAAUUCAA